AUGAAGCGAGUACCGGGUGAGCAGAAUAUCGCCGAUGCUCUUUCGCGGUUGAUUCAAGAAGCGGAAAAAACAAUACCAUUUGAGGAAGAGGAUGACAAUCAUUUUUUGUUUUCUCUGGACGCUGGAUUUAUGGACAUCACGUGGGAAGAAAUAGAGCGACAUUCAGAAAAUGACGAAGAACUUGAACUAGUACGAGGAGCAAUCACAUGCAGGCAUUGGCCUGUUGGAUUGCGCAGAUUUGAAGUUCAAAAAGAUAAUCUCCAUGUAUUAGGGUCCCUCUUCUUCAAAGAUGAUAAGUCAAUACUUCCAUACCAAUUACGCCUUAAAGCAAUGCAGCUGUCACAUUCUGGUCAUGUGGGAGAAACAGCGAUGAAAAGCAUUAUGCGCGAGUUUUUCUGGUGGCCAGGUAUGGCAUCGGAUGUCGUGAAAUAUGUGAAACAGUGCGAGACCUGUACAACGCUAUCCAGGAAGAGUCCUCCAGUUCCACUAUCGAGCCGAGAGCUGCCAGACGGACCGUGGCAGAUAAUUCAGAUUGAGUUUCUGUCGAUGCCCACAUUUGGUUCCGGACUCUUUCUGGUCCCAGUCGACUCUUAUUCGCGCUACCUAUCAAUUAUCCAAUCCAAUUAA